AUGUCAACUAUGCGCGCGGCAGUAUUCCAUCCCGGAAACAACAAUCUCGUCCUGGAGCACAUCCCUAUCCCUAAACCAGGUCCCAAUCAAGUCCUUCUGAAGGUCGCGGCAGCCGGCGUAUGCCACUCAGACACUGCUAUUCUCACCGACGUUCUCGACGAUUCGCGCACCUACGUGCUGGGCCACGAAAACGUCGGAUAUGCGGUGGAGUGGGGUCAUUCCAUUCCCUUGGUCAAUGUCCGCCACAUUGCAAAGGGUAAACUCUACGCGAUUCACGACCUGGUACCUCACGGUGCCCACCCGCUUGCACCUGGCCAGUCCCCAUUGACGGAUAGCAUCGGCAUCGGCGAGAACGGCGGCUUCGCCGAAUACAUCCUUGCUGACUCUGUUGAGCUCGUCCCAGUGCCAGAGGGUCUUGCUCCCGAAGUGGCCGCUCUCGCGACGGACUCUCUCAUCACUGCAUACAACGCCGUGCAUAACGUUGCCGGCGACGAACGUCAGCUCCGACCGGGCAGUCACGGCAAACGCGUCCUCAUCUACGGCAUUGGUGGGCUCGGGCACCAAGCGGUCAACUCGCUCUCCACUACGGCGCCACAGUCUUCGCCGUCGAUAUUAAACCUGUGCGCGCGAGCUCGCGAUUUCCCUCGGGGCUACGAAGGCUUUCCACCAGGAGAGCUCGCGCAGCUCUUCGCCACUGAGAACGCCGGCCCAGACCGGUUCGCAGUUGAUAUCGUUAUCGACUUCGUGGCGACCGCACAGUCGUUCCAGAUUGGCCAGGAGGCCGUCAAGCUCAGCGGGUUCAGUCUGGACGGCCCGCAUGGGCUCAUUGUUCUGGUUGGCGUCUCAGGCGAGAACUUGACUUUCAACCAGAUCGCGCUUCUCACGUUCCGCACCAACGUGUUGUCUUCGCUCUACGGUAGCAAGGACGAUCUGAAGGCAUGCUUGGAGCUUCUCAGCGAUCAACUGACUAUGCACGGUCGCUCAGGGUGUGGUGUACCAGUGGUAGCCGUUGAACCUCUCGAGAACGUCAACCAAGUUCUCGACGAGUUGAGGUCCAUGAGGGUCACCGGUCGUAAGGUCAUCAACCCGAUGUUGGCUCCGUUCUCCGACGCCGCGAGAAACACGUUCGGUAGCACCACGGUGCCCGCCUCCGUUUCUUCAACAGCCGCAUCAGAUUCAAGCUCCUCCAACGAGCUCGUGGCGAAGAGCAGGCUGUGA